AAAUGGGUGGAACACACUUAAUGCCGAAAGUGUGCUUACAUUUGGUCAUGCUGGGAAGAACAGGAGCUGGGAAAAGUUCAACUGGAAACACAAUACUGGGACGACAAGCUUUUAGUUUAUUGAAGAGUUACAAAUCUGUCACUCAAGAUAUUGCUGCAGAAGUCGGUGAAGUGUGUGGAUUUGCAGUCAUUGUUUAUGACACUCCAGGAAUUUCUGGUACAGAGAGAGAGGAAGAACUUAGACAAUUUGAAGAGGUCCUGCAGAAAUGUGGAUCAGGCCUGUGUGUAUUUCUGCUGGUUCUCCAAGGAAACAGAUUCACUCAAGAAGACCAGAAAAUCGUGGAGAAGAUUGAGGAGCUCCUGCAAGAAAAACACAUUGAAAACACCUGGAUUCUCUUCACCAGAGGAGAUCAACUGGGUGAAGAAAACAAGACCAUAAAUAAAGUCAUUAAUGAGACUGAAUUCUUGAAGAAGCUUACUCAGAAAUAUGAGGGCAGAUUCCAUGUGUUCAACAACAAGACAAAAGGACAGAGUGACCAAGUGAAAUCUCUGAUAACUAAAGUUUUCCAGAGGAACUUACAGAGAUUUUCCAAAAAUCCUUGGCAAAGUAUUCCCAUCAGUAUCCAGGACACCUCUGAUGACAGUCUCUCAUAUAGAAGGAUUGUGUUGCUGGGUAGAAGAGGUGUUGGCAAGAGUGCAGCUGGAAACACGAUACUGGGACAGGAAGUGUUCAAAUCCACAAAUGGCACGAAUGCAAUAACCCGUGAAUGUUCAGAGAAACGUGUCACUGUUUCAGGCAGAUCUGUGUCUGUAGUUGAUACUCCUCCAUUCUUUGACACAGAGAUGAAUCCAGAGCAGUUAAUGACAGCGAUAGCCAGAAGUGUUUAUUUAUCCAGUCCUGGACCGCACGCUUUUCUCAUUGUGUUUAAGGUCAAUAUAAAGAUCACUGAACAGGAGCAGCAGAUUCCUCAGAUGAUUGAAAUGAUGUUUGGUGAGGGAGUGUUAAAAUACUCCAUCAUUCUCUUCACUCAUGGAGAUCUGCUAGAAGAAAAAUCCAUGGAGCAAGUCAUUGAGAAAAACAAUGCAUUAAGACGUCUAGUUGAUCAGUGUGGAGGCCGAUUUCACGUCUUCAACAAUAGAGAUAAGAGAAACAGAAAACAGGCCUAUGAUCUACAGCAGAAGUCUGACAUAUUGAUAGAGCAGAAUGGAGGAAGAUACUACAGUAAUGAGAUUUAUGAAGAUGCUCAGAGAUUUAAACAAGAGGAAAGAGAGAGGACACUGAAAGAAGAAGAGUUGAGACGGAGAGAGGAAGAGGAGAGAAAACCACAAGUGAAAUUACGCAGUGUUUUAAUUGUUACUGCUGUUUGUGCUGGAGCUGCUGUUGCUGCACUUGUUGGUGCUGCUCUUGCUGGAGCUGUUGGUGUUGCAGCUGCUGUUGGAGCUGUUGUUGGAUCUGCUGCUGCUGCUGGAGCUUUUGAUGAUGUAACUGCUUGGACACAGAGAGAGGAAGAGAAGAGGAGACAACAGGAGGAAAAUGAAGAAGACCGGAAAUAGAGAAAGUUCAAAUGAGACACAGUUAUGAAGAAGUUAAAAGGUCAACUAUGAAGAAGGAAAGAGAGACAGAAAAAAAAACAAAAAGAUUUUUAGAAUCUUCAGCAUCAUUAUCAUCCUCACUAGCCAGGUUUCAUCCAAGGAUUUUAUAAAAAAAAAAAAAAAAAAGUUUAGUGAUAUAGCUGAUGUAAAUGCCAUUUGUCGAUAAAAUUUCUCAAAUAUCGACACAAUCUUUUUCCGUUCUAUAUCGAUACUUCAAAUGUCACAAAAAAGGGCUUUAAUGCAAAUUAAUGUGCUGUCACACGACAGAAUUAUACAUGCUGCGUCUGCACAUUCGUGUUGCUUUCAUUUCAAUCUACAAAAAUCACUUAUGCAUCUGAAUAAAUAAAAGUAAUGUCAUCCAUUUGCAUUUCAAUUUCACUAAGCCGUUCAUUAAUAUAUCGUUUUAGCUCAAAUAAAUGAGGAAAAUAAAGUAGUUGACUCCAAAAAGUCUAAUAAAAUUUGAUAAAUGUUAUGUGAAAAUAAGCAUCAGAAUGCAGACCAUUUAACCAGUUUAAAGACACUCCGUUCUUAUUUCUUAUUUAUUUACACACUUGUGCCGUCGAACUGUUGUAUAAAUGCAAUAUCACACUCGUAGCCGUGCGAUAUGACUGUAUAUCAGCACGCUGUAUUAUCUACAGCAGGGGUACUCAAGUUCGGAGGCCAAGAGGGCCGCAUUUUAACCACAUGAAAUGCAAAGGGCCACAAAUUAUAACUUGGAUCGUAAGACUUUUAUUUAGGCCUACUUAAGACAAUAUUUGUCUUUACAAGUGUUUACAAGUGCAGUUUAUUAUCUAGCUAAGUUAGCACUUUAAUGGUUGUCCUAUUUAAAGUGUCACUGAACAUGAAAAAUGGCAUUUAAAAAAAAGGAUUAAUAGCUUGUCUUGCUGUAUUCCUAAUGCACAAAUGCAUAAAGAAAAACAAGAACUGAUGAAAAGAAGUCCUUAUUCAUAGUGAAAUGUCUGCAUUGUUUUCACAAGUAAUUUCAGGUCUGGCUGUUGUUCACUGGCUGAUGAGACAGUUUGUCAGUAAGACGAAAACAUUACACUUUUUUAUAGUCAUUUUAUACUCCAUUGCACCUUUUUAACACUUUUAAUAGCGCCCAUUUAUACUCAGGGUCGCUGUAAAGGUUUUAUUAGUAGUAGUAGUAGUAGUAGUAGUAGUACCUACAGUUUAAUUUGGUCAGAAUCCAAAAAUCUUUUAUUUAUUUAUUUAUUUGUUUAUUUAUUUUGUUCAAUCACAGUCUCAUGAAUUCUCUAAUUAUAACCAACGUUAUAAACAUGAUAAAAUAUUCUCCGUGAGCUCAAUGUGACGACAGAUCUGUAAUGGGAGUGCUCUCAGCUUGCUUUCUGUUUAUAACACAUUGACAUUAAGAAUAAAAGUUUUGUUUUUCAUGCUGCUAAGAGGACUAUCAGCAACUUACACACUGCAAAGUUUGAGGAAUGUCAACUGCAUUACAUGAUGGAAAAAUAAGGUUACUUCGUUUUUUACCUUUGACGG